AUGCCACCCAAAACAAAAGCCGGCUCCAAGGCCCCGAACCCCGAGCCCAGAGCUGCUCCAGAUUCCCCCCCAGACACCAUCGCCCAGCGUUCGCAGCAGCGCUUCUUCCAGACGAAUCCUAUCGAGAACCGUCGUCAGCAAGUCGGGUUAUCAGCUCUCACUCCCGCUGAGAAGAAGAUCUACGCACACGUCAACCUCAUCAAUACUGUUAUAGAUAGCGAUAAAUUCAUUAACCACAAGGCAGAGCGCGAGUUCUGGAAGUUUGUUUCAAAAGAGGGUCUACCUAUUCGCAGACUUCGCGACUACGCCUGGGGAAAAGACCGUUCCGGACGAGAUAUUGGGACAUAUUCGCCCGACGAGCUUGAGCAGCGCACGCUAAAGCACGCAAAGCUCACAUCGCUGCAAAUACAGCAUCGUCAGUUUCUCAAGAAGCGAGAGAAGCAACUCGAAGUAACCACCGAGGAUAUCGCCGCUGAAAAGACGAGAAGAAAAGCCAUGGCUGCACUCAAGAGGGACUUGUACGGGGAGAUCACGGGAAGUCUGGCCCAGGAUCCUGAAUGGGACGAUGUCAUCCCCAUCCCGCAGAACGAGCCCGAAGGCGCCCUCGCGCAGAUUGCCUAUCCGGACGACUAUGCCGAGGCCGUGUCCUACCUUCGCGCCGUCAUGGCGGCGGACGAAUUCUCCCCCCGAAGUCUGCGUUUGACAGAGCACGUCAUUUCCAUGAACCCAGCACACUACACUGUUUGGUUGUACCGCUACAAGAUUAUCUCGGAAUGGAAGCUUAGUGUUCCCGAUGAGAUUGAAUGGUUGAACGAGGUUGCUCUCAGCAAUCUCAAGAACUACCAGAUUUGGAAUCAUCGUCAGCUCCUGAUGGACUACUACUAUCCUCUCAUCGAGGAUGAUACUGCGACUGUUCGUCAACUGGCUCGUUCUGAGACGCAGUUCAUCACAAAGAUGCUGGAAUCAGAUGCCAAGAACUACCAUGUAUGGUCCUAUCGCCAGUACCUCGUCUCCAAGCUGUCCAUGUGGACUAUGAGUGAGCUUCUUUCCACCCAAAACCACAUUGAGGAGGAUGUACGAAACAACUCAGCUUGGUCGCACCGCUUCUAUCUUGUCUUCUCAGACCCCACAGCCUCCACCCCUGGAUCAGGACCUACAGAGCCAGACCCUCGCAUUCCAGCAGAGACAAUCGAUCGAGAGAUCAACUACUCCAAAGAGAAGAUUGAUCUAGCGCCGCAGAACCAGUCUCCUUGGAACUAUGUCUCUGCUGUUCUGACCAAAGGCUCUCGUCCCCUAUCCUCCCUCAAAGAGUUUGCCGAGAAGUUUGUCACUGCACUGGGAGAGGAAGCAGAAGAGGUCCGCAGUUCGCAUGCGCUUGAUUUCUUGGCCAAAUUGUACGAUGAAGAGGGUGACAAGGAAAAGGCUGAGCUUUGUCUACGACGUCUCGGAGAGAAAUGGGAUCCUGUACGAGAGGGGUAUUGGAAGUACCGUGUCACUCUGCUGAAGAGCGGCCAGAGCGCAAAAGAAUAG